UCGCUUCCUCGCAGGGGUAGAUGGGUGAAGUGUAGUGGGUGUGUUCAUUCCCUGCAUUCAGUGCGACGUUUCUCACCAACAGUUUAAGAUGGCGACUGUGCAUCUAAGGAUCGGGGAUCUGGUUUGGGGUAAGCUUGGACGCUAUCCACCUUGGCCAGGCAAGAUCGUCAGUCCUCCGAAGGAUCUGAAAAAGCCAAGAGGCAAAAAAUGUUUUUUUGUCAAGUUUUUUGGAACUGAAGAUCACGCCUGGAUAAAGGUAGAGCAGCUGAAGCCUUACCAUCCUCACAAAGAGGAGAUGAUCAAGAUCAACAAAGGCAAGCGCUUCCAGCAGGCUGUUGAUGCAGUUGAGGAGUACCUAAAGAAGGCCAAGGGGAAAGAUCAGGCACACUCCGAUGACAAAAGCAAGUCAGAUAAAGGGCGUAAAGCAGCUAAACCAAUGAAGAUCAUUGAAGAAGAUGAUGAAGAUGCCUUCAAGGGUGGCUCGUCGGACAAGGAACAGACUGAUUCUGACCCAGAGCCAUCCUCUGUACGACGGCUGGUCGCAGGAACAGUAUCAGGAUUCAAAUGGGAGAGCAGUCCAGUAAAGGAUGACCCACAUUUUCAUCACUUUCUGCUCAGCCAGUCUGAGAAGCCAGCUUCAUCAAUGGAGCCCAUCACCAAACGCUUAAAGAUAAUCGAGGAGGACACCAGAUCAACAUCUAUUCAAGCAGCAGACAGCACAGCCAUCAACGGCAGCAUCACACCUACAGACAAAAGGAUAGGGUUCCUAGGACUUGGACUGAUGGGAAGUGGUGUGGUUUCUAAUUUGUUGAAGAUGGGGCAUGUUGUGACUGUUUGGAAUCGCACCGCAGAAAAGUGUGAUUUGUUCAUCCAAGAAGGUGCCAGAUUAGGACGAACACCAGCAGAAGUUGUGUCCAUGUGCGAUAUCACAUUUUCCUGUGUAUCAGACCCAAAAGCUGCCAGAGAUCUUGUGUUAGGUCCUAGCGGAGUCCUGCAGGGAAUCAGACCAGGCAAAUGUUACGUAGAGAUGUCGACCGUUGAUCCAGAAACCAUCAUGGAGCUCGCACAGGUCAUCACAUCCAGAGGCGGCAGAUUCCUAGAAGCUCCGGUUUCGGGCAGCCAGCAGCUUUCCAAUGACGGUAUGCUGGUCAUUGUUGCUGCAGGAGACCGCAGUGUUUAUGAAGACUGUAGCAGCUGCUUCCAGGCAAUGGGGAAGACGUCUUUCUUCAUAGCAGGGGAAGCAGGAAAUGCUGCCAGAAUGAUGCUGAUCAUUAACAUGGUUCAAGGCAGUUUCAUGGCGACCAUCGCAGAGGGAUUGACCUUGGCGCAGGCCACGGGACAGUCGCAGCAAACAUUUUUGGAUAUUCUUUGCCACGGACAAAUGGCAAGCACGUUUGUGGACCAGAAAUGCCAGAAUAUCUUGCAGGGCAACUUCAAACCUGAUUACUACCUGAAACACAUUCAGAAAGAUCUGCGGUUAGCCAUUUCAAUGGGAGAUUCGGUUAAUCAUCCAACACCAAUGGCAGCUGCUGCAAAUGAGGUAUACAAGAGAGCAAAAGCAUUGGACCAGUCGGACAAUGACAUGUCUGCCGUCUACAGAGCUUAUAUUCACUAAUCCUGUCGAUGUGCUCUACGUCCUGGACCACAAACCUCGCCUGCUUCUUUCUUCCUCUCCCUCUGUCUUUCUCUCCUCUGCUGAUGAAUUCUGUUGGGCACCAGUGAUAUGUUUUCCCAUGUUUAAUGGGAUCUCUUUAGCAGCCUGAUCUGAGCAUUGCACUGACUGUAAUAUAGCUGCACGUCUACUCUGUGGGAGGUUAUUAAACUCUCCUCGAGUGAUUAUUUUAUGAUAGAAUGUGCAGUGUAUUAUAUCCACAUUUCCUUAAGGCUACUGCAUACGAUGCAGUGUUGUUUGAAGAUGCUAGGGGUUUUAUUUAUCAUUCGUAACUUUACAAAUGAAUUCCCACGUUGUAAUUUUCGAUGUUCAGAAAUCUGUGAAGUAUGAACUUUUGAUCACAAACAGGCUUAAGGAGCACGACAAAGAAAAAGCCACUGCAUUGCCUUAAAACUCACAUAAGAUAGAUGUAUUUAUUUAUUUUAUCUCUCAAAGAAAGAUCACCAUCAUGUCAGGUGAAAUUUGGCCGUACAUUUUUAGUUUUUUUCCUUCUCAGUUUUGGAGAUCACCUGUCCACUAGUAUUUUUUUUUUAUGGCCUUUUCAGAAAUGCAGUAUUUAAAUUUUUUGACAUUUGGUUGUGUAGUUAUCACACAGAAGAUACUGAAAUGAUUUCUCAUUUACAAUGAAGUUAAUGCUGAAAAGCAUCCCAAAGUUUUCCAUUAUUGAGUCUUGGCUAUCACCUCUGCAAUGGGUGUUUCUGAUUUCCAGCUUGAUUAUUUUACAGACAGAUUGGUUUCACAUCAUUUAAGUCUUUCAGCUGUUGUGAAAAAAUAUAUAUAUAAAUUUGAAGACAUUUUAAGUUGCUUUAUUUGGCCAUUUCUUUUAAAUCGGAUGUUCAUGUUUUGCUGGCAGAGGGAUCUGUUUUUUUUUUUUUUAUUACAAUUAUGAUUCAUAAAAGAUAAAGCUAAAGUUAAGCGGCAUUUUAUCCCUAAAUUAUGAUUGCUUUUGUUAAUUUUAAGUGAUAUUACAAAAGCCGUAAACUCAGUGGCAUAUAAUUUGGCCUUUUUUUUUAAACUCUGAACAAAUACAGGGUGAUUUAUUUUUUAUAAAUCGUUAUGCAAAAAAAAAAAAACAGGACUUUGAAGUGCUUUGUUAUGGAUGAGCGAAUUUUGCGAGUUACUAAGGACUCUUGUAAAUAUCCCCAUCAAAGGGUUGGGUUGUUUGAAUACAUGGAAUAACAUGCUUUCAUUUUGACUCUACUGAAUUUAUUAAUCAUCUGUUGUCUUAAUAUUGUAGACUGUUCUUUUGUCUUAGCGAAUCGGUUUAUUUGCUGUAAAUGGUUUGAUUUUCGGGGCUGGUAAUGACAUACUGACGACUUGAUUCCAGUUGUGCAAGGAAAGUAUUGGUGUUAUAGUUGGAGUUAUUUAUAAUUUCAUGUAAAUGUGAAAUUUAUUUUCUUCUUUUUUUCUUUUUUUGUGCGGUCGACUGAUCCCUCUGAAUAAACAAACCGAGUGUCCA